UUGGCCCUCAGUCCUCCAGAUUAACAGUGAACCAAUGACAGAAGCAGCACUAAGGUAUAACUAUUUGAAUUUUAGCAUAACACGAAAUGAACCCGCAAAUUUUUCAGGUCUCUAGUUAUUACAAAGUUUUAGUUUUCUGACAUUAAAAUUGGCAAAUUCUUGUGUAUAGUGGAUUUAUUUUGUUUAGGUUCUUCAUUGGGUUCAUCUGUUUGACAUCAGCUGAUUUAAACUUGUUCUCUGUGGGUUUAUGUUUUCAAUUAUUAUUUCUUAAUUUGCAUUCUUGAAUAUUUUUUUUCCAUUACAAACAGUGCACAACUGCAAUGCUGUAUGUCCAAGAAAUGGCAUUAAAUCAAACCCUCGUGUUGGCAUGUGUGUGACCGACCCGUAUGAUCACAUACGUGUGAACAGUUUCAUCAGAAGCUGGGUGUGUGACUAAUGCUGAUGAGAAGCCGGAGGUACUAGCCGCUGUGGCAACACCUCGUUCAAGAGUGCUUUGUCAUCUUUAUCUUGGUACUAGCCAAGAUAAAAAGUAUCUUGCAGUUUGGGUUUCUUGGCGAAACCGAGCAAAAAGGUUGCUACACGUGCCAGUUCGUUAAAUCACCUCACAGGCAAAUCUUAUUCUCCUUUCUUCGCAUGAUGAAAUUUAUGGAUACAUUUUACUCCUAUCAUUCAGGGAUGGCCAAGCGGACGCAGCCCCACUGGGAGCCGCCCAAGCCGGCGUCCGGACGCCCCGGCCUGAAGCUCUACAACAGCCUGACGCGCUCCAAGGAGGUCUUCGUGCCCCAGCACGGCAACAAGGUCUCCUGGUACAGCUGUGGCCCGACUGUGUACGACGCCUCGCACAUGGGCCACGCCAGGUCGUACAUCUCGUUCGACAUCCUGCGGCGGGUGCUGUCCGACUACUUUCGCUACGACGUGACGUACGUGAUGAACGUCACGGACGUGGACGACAAGAUCAUCCGGCGCGCGCGGCAGAACCACCUGUACGAUCGCUACCUGGCGGAGAGCCGGGGCCUGGCCGGGCGCCUCGAGGACUCCCGGCAGGCGCUGGAGCUUCUGGCCGGCGCGGCGCGAGACGCCGCGGACCCGGACAGGCGCGCCAUGACGGAGCGCAUGCUGGCGCGGAUGUCGGGCGCCGUGGAGCGGCUGGAGGAGGCCGUGCGCGCGGGGGACGACGCGCGCACGAAGGCCGCCGUCGAGGCCCUGCUCGUGGAAUCUCGCGACCCUCUCUCCGAGUGGCUGGACCAGAAGUACGGUGCGACCGUCGACGACAACGCCAUCUUCUCGCAGCUGCCGAAGCACUGGGAGGCGGACUUCCACAAGGACAUGGACGACCUGAACGUGUUGCGGCCUGACGUCCUGACCAGGGUGAGCGAGUACAUCCCGGAGAUCAUAGCGUACAUAGAGAAGAUCGUGGAGAAGGGCCUGGCGUACGAGGCCAACGGCUCAGUGUACUUCAACGUCGGUGCCUUCGACUCGCGGGAUGGCCACCACUACGCCAAGCUGGUGCCGGAGGCGUACGGCGACGCCAAGUCAUUGCAGGACGGGGAAGGAGACCUGUGCGUCUCGGCGGAGCGGCUGAGCGAGAAGCGCUCCCCGAACGACUUUGCGCUGUGGAAGAGCUCGAAGCGGGGGGAGCCGUGGUGGGACUCGCCCUGGGGCCGCGGCCGGCCGGGCUGGCACAUCGAGUGCUCCGUCAUGGCGUCGGCCGUGUGCGGGGGCUCCCUCGACAUCCACACGGGCGGCGUGGACCUCAAGUUCCCCCACCACGACAACGAGCUGGCCCAGGCCGAGGCGUACUUCGGCCACGACCACUGGGUGCGCUACUUCCUUCACUCGGGCCACCUCACCAUCGCCGGCUGCAAGAUGUCCAAGUCGCUGAAGAACUUCGUGACCAUCAAGGACGCUCUGCGCAAGCACUCGGCCCGCCAGCUCCGCCUGGCGUUCCUGCUGCACUCGUGGAAGGACACGCUCGACUACAGCGCCAACACGAUGGACUGCGCCGUGCAGUACGAGAAGAUGCUCAACGAAUUCUUUCUCACUAUUAAAGACCUUACAAGAGGAAAAACUGGAGAAACAAAAUUAGAACAUUUCAAAAAGUGGGGCAAAGAUGAUGAAAAGUUGUCGAAUGUAUUUUAUCUGCACAAAACCAUCGUUCACGAAGCACUAUGUGACAACGUGGACACGCGCCGGGCGCUGGAAGCGAUCCGCGAGCUGGUCUGCGCCGUGAACGUCUACCUGCGCGACCGGAGGCAGGCGGCGCAGGAGGGCAACUGCUUCCUGCUGCGCGACGUCGCGUCGUACGUCACGUGGAUGCUGCAAGUGUUCGGGGCCGUCCCGAAGCAGGACCCCAUCGGCUUCCCGAUCGCCUCGGCCGGCGAGACCACCAACCUGGAGGAGGUGGUUCUGCCGUACCUGAGCAUCCUCUCCGAGUUCCGGGACACGGUCAGGAACCAGGCGCGCCAGCUCAAGGCCACCGAGAUCCUGAAGAAGUGCGACGAGCUCCGUGAUGACAUUCUCCCCACGGUCGGCGUCCGGCUGGAGGACUUGGAGGGCCGGCCCUCGGCGGUGAAGAUGGUGGACCGGGAGACUCUGCUGCGCGAGCGCGACGCGAAGCGCCGGCUGGAGGCGGAGCGGGCCGCCGAGAAGGAGCGGAAAAAGGCGGAGCUGCAGGCCGCGCAGGCCUCGCGCGACGCCCAGCGGAAGACCAGGCCGGAGGACAUGUUCCGCUCGGAGACGGACAAGUAUUCCCGGUUCGACGACAAGGGCCUGCCGACACACGACGCCGAGGGCAAGGAGCUGAGCAAGGGCCAGCUCAAGAAGCUGCAGAAGCUGCAGCAGGCGCAGGAGAAGAAGUACGGCGAGUACGUCAAGGGCGUCGUCCCCAGCCCCAGCCCCGUGCGGGUCAACGGCACCAUCUGAGGGCGCUUGCCGUCCCCCGCCGUCUUCCCCCCGGCCCGGCCCGUACGGUGCGCCGACCCGCACCGCGAGUAUUAUAUUUAUGGCGGGAGAAAACAGUAUUCCUACUCCAGAACCGGCGAUGCGUCGAGAUUUUUUUUUUUUUUAACGCCUUCCUCUAAAACUAUUCUUAAUUUAUGAAUGUGUUAAAUCAGUCUUGUCAACAUUUCCAAAGCUUCAGGUUUGAGGCUAUGUUACUCAGCAAGUGUUGUUGCCGUGAAACCUUUAUUUGUUGGAUAUUUUUUUUUAAAUAGUAGUCUUAUGUUAUUCUAAAUUAUGUGUUUUUUUAAUAUAUAAAGCGUAUUUAGGGGGUUUGUGUUGGGAGUGCUAUUAUGGAAAAAAAAAUAUAACAUUUGAAAUACGUGUGCUUUACUUUGAACGGCUUAACCUCGCUGAUAAUAAAAAAAAUACUCCAGAAUGCGGUAUGAAUUCUCGGUUAGUUGGUGGAGAGGUGGACUUUUUCUUUUUUCCGCAUCGCACGUGGGUUCGGAAGAUUGGUGUUCGCAAUUUGCGUGAAGGAUUUGUCUGUUCUAUCACUUGUGAGUUUUGAAUGGCACCGUUGUGUUUCCGAAAUGUAAAUGAAGAUGGGAAAAUAUACUUAAAAUGUUUGUAUCCCUGUUUGCAGCAAACAAUACAGCCAACAAGUAAGCUGUGUGAAAAAGUGUUUUAUUAAUUUAGGCACUGGCGUGUAUCCAUGACACAUUUUAAGCAUUGAUGAUUUCCAUCUAGUCAUCAAGGCAUUUAAAUAUGUUAUUGGAAGUGAGAAGUUUUUAUUGUAAAUGUUGUGAUGUUUGCUGUUUGCAGGUAAUACAUACAAAUUUUCUGUGUUAAAUUAUUUUAUAUUGUAUGGUUUAUAUUUAAUCUUUAGCAAAUUUUUUUUUGUGUGGUGAAAUUCCAUUGUAGGUGAAUAUUUUACUAACCACAUUUAAAUUGUUCAUAUUGUAUAUUAGGGUGGGAUCUCCCAAAAAUUAAUCAUAUUUCAUAUAAUAUUUUUGAAUAAAAUACAUUUUAUUUUAAGUAAUUUUAAUUUUGUUUAAAACUGUUAGCAACUGUAAUGCCAUUAAUGUAUAUUAUCAAUUUUAAUUUAUAUUUGUUACUUUUUUUUAAAUAUCUUGUUAAUACAAUUCUUUUUAUUCAAAUUAAUGUCUUGGCAAUAUAAAUAACUUUACACCAAAAUUGUGAAAUAACGUAUUUUUCAUUUCUGUGGUAUGUAUUUCCUUAGGAUGUGCUGAUAAUAUAAAAGUGUGUGUAAAUCUGUGUGAACAGGUUCAAAGUAUUCCUUACCAGCUAAAAUUGUACAAUUUUGAAACUAAAAGUAAUAUAACAUGAAGACUGUUACAACAUUUUGCUAAAUAGUUUUGAGGAUAUUUAUAGAUUCUGAAUUCCAAUUUGCAACUUGUGCCUAUUUAUUUUACUUUGUGUUUGCAACCAUGUUUUUGGUUAUGAAAUAAUUUGUUACGAAGUUUAACCAAGUAAGGCAUCAAUGACUUAGUUAUGUUGUCCUGCACUUUGCAAAAAAAUAUUGUAUGUCAGUAGCUUAAUGCAGAGAUGGAAAAAUAAUUUGAAGGAAGAGUUAUGGAUCCGUCAAAUACGUAGUUGCAGGAAGUUGUUACACAGAUUUUGUACCGUGCUAAAUACUGUACAGCAAUGUUGUCAACCUUUAGCCUCUAAAUAAUACAGUAGAACCCUGUUAUAACGAAUCUGAAGGGAGUAGUUUAUAUGUUCACUAUAGAGGGGAAACUUUAUAUCUGGGAAAACUUUUAUAUUGGUAAUACAUACUCAAAAGCAAAUCUUAACUACACAUAGGCUAAGCCAAGAAAAGAAUUAAUGAAAAUACUCAAAGCAACAGUUUUAUUAGCAAAUGCAGAAAUUAUUUUUAAUGAACUACACAUGUACAAACUUUCUAUCACCUAAUGGUUCUUGGACAUCGGCGUAUUAUCCUUUUUUCAGGCAUUUAAUACUCUGUGAUGUUUUCGCAGCUUGAGAAAGAAGAUUGUUCAGCUUGUUUAAUAUUGUACUUAAUGUGGAUGUUGCGAUUCCCAGUUCCUUCGCUAUUAACACGUGCGGGACUGUGGGGUUGGAGUCUACCUUUUCAAUAAUGUCCAGUUUAUCUCGCACAGAUAAUGCCUUACGUUUUUUACCGCGUUUUUCAACCUUUUUUAUGUACGUAUUUCUUAUUGAAGCACAUUUGCAGCUUAAUAACACAAAAUUCUUUUUACGGUAAAAAGUAAAUAAACAAAAAAUAACGAGUCUGGAGCAUCAAAGAUCACUACGUAUCAUUUAGUAUCGCAGUUGCUAAAGCUGGAACGAAAUUUUCUCAUUUUCUAUGGAAAAAUUUAGUCCACAGAGUUCUAUCUAGUGGUUGUCUUACGAAUCUUACUCAAUCAAAAUGUCCGAAAAGUGAACGAUAAAAAUGAGACGUAAAAAUAUUGAAUUUGCUGCUAUAAUGUAGAUACGUAAUUGUGUGGCGGUAAUUUAUGUUUAAUUUUGAUAACAUAUUAAUGGUACACGCCUUCGCCUAUCUUUAACCAUGCAGGGAAAACUAUUUUUUAUUUUCACCAAACUGAUCACCAAUUUUGGCUACACGUAGCCUACCGAGGCCACUCGAAUACUUGUUUAUAAUAUGAACAGUGGACAAUCGAGUAGCGUAUUGCGGAGAACAACUUCAAUAUGAUCCAGAAUAGACGUUUGUGAAAAAACUUGUAAUUGUAUGAAAAUAUUUGAGAUAAAUGUGCAUUAUGUCGGCAAAAUUUGUUCGUGGUACACGGGAAAACGUAUCAACAUUGACAAAAGUUGUGCGCUAUAUCCAAUAAAUUAAUACAUAACCUCACAUCAUUUUGCCGGGACUGAGACGGAAAUUCACAAUAAACGGGAAUUCAUUAUAUGCGGGUUCACUAUAAACGGGUUCUACUGUAGUUAUUAAUUUUAUUCUUUCACUUUGAUACUUAGAAGGAAUCGUUAAAAUUAUUCAGAAGAUGUCAAAGGUAGGUAUUUAUUCGUGGAAACCACCUCUUAAUAUUAUGUGUAUCAAUAUUUUUUGUUUUUCGUUUUAGUUGCACACAAAAUUUGGAUGCAUACUUUGGAAUGCUAAUUUUUUUACGAAUGAACGUUGAAAAAUAUAAGUUUGCCGGUAAAAUUUUUUUUUAGAUAUAUUUACUGACUAUAUAAUUUUAAACUUGACUUACGAUUUAAAUGUAAAUUACGUCCCUUUCAAUAAGUUUUCCUCAUUGAUGCACCUAAAAUAGUCCCUCCAAAACAAUUUCCAGAGUUGUGCUGUAUGUGCAUCUGAGGACAAUAGGCAGGAAGAAAAAGGUGAUUGGUUUGAUUUUAUUUUUUUAAAAACCAUGCUCCAAAUAAUACUGCUAUAAAAAUGUUAAUUUUAUCAACUUCAUACGUUUAAUUUUUUGCAGGCCAAAUCUCUAUUGUACUUAACAGUUACAAAAUAUAUCCUGGAAUUUCUAGCUGUGUAGCUCAGGUCAAGAGCAUUUCCAGCUCAAAAUGGGAAGUUAAGGGGGGCGGGGGUGUCAUUUUACGAAAUUAAGGGCCCUGCCUCCCGAGCUCAUCUACCUGUAGAGUUCGACAAGAAAACACACUAUUUGAAAAUUGCUUUUAAGAUAUCCCGAGUGGUGUCUGUUUACGAAAAGCAUUUAAGAAUGUGCUGAGGGCGAAUGGGUUGUUCUGUUUCCGUAUUUCGUUUUCAAACUGCAUUUCUAUAAGAGUGAAAAUUGCUGAAAUCAGUGUUUUCUAAAUAAUUUUUAGGCAUGAAAAAUUUGGUACAGAUUCUUAAUAGCACUGCAAGCAUUUGCAUUACACCAUUAUCUUCAUUUCUCCGCCGUGUGAUGUCACGGUCGCCGCUCGAUGCACGACGAGAAGACCUGCGCCAGUCCAGAGGAGACACCGCGCUAGAAGCACCAGCGAGCGUCGCGCUUAUCAUCCCGCCUCGCCAGCACAGAUACGACCCUUACUAGGUGAGGAGGGUCUUAAGACUUCACGUAUGGCACUGUGUGACUGUUUUAUAAUUAGUAUCUUUAUCUUUCAAAUGUUCAAAUAGCAACAACUGACCUGUUCAUAAAUGUUUAAGAAAUUUUGCUGUUUUUUGGUUAACAAUUUUUAAGUAUUUAUGCCAUUUUAUGGUGAUGGUUUGCUCAACUGACCAGCAAUAAUGAUAAAUAACACUUGUCAAGACGUGGCCAUUUUCAAAGAAUGCUGUCGCAAUUAAACUUGAAAUUCUAAUUUUAAAUUUUUAAAAUAUCUCAUUUAAAUAGUAUGUUCUGGUUAUGUUUAUCCACAAAUCUCGGCACAAUUUAUUUCUAUAAAUGGUGCAUUAUGUUGGUUUUGAAUUGUCAUGUUUAAGAACUUAUUACUACUGUAAUUCAGUUAAUUACACCAAAAAUUAAUUAAAAAUAAUUUGCUGUUUGGUUUGAGCUGAAUUUUAAUAGUUAUUAACUGCAUCAUUAGUGGAGGGAAUUAGGUUGAAUUAUUCAUUUCAAUAGGUAUUAAUUUUUUGCACACACAGAUAUUCACAGUGCUUAUUAAUAUGCACAUCUACCACAUAGUUUUUUUUUUAAAAUGUAUUACUGUAAACAUUUGGGCCAAAAAAUUUGUAUAAGGAAAAUAAAAUAAAUUUUUUUGUUGUGUU